AUGGCUUCUCCAUCUUCUUUUGUCUCUCAAGAGGAGUUCAACAUCUUCCAUUCAAUUGACCGACAGCUCUACACCAUCCUUGUAGUCAACCUUUGGCGAGAUCCAGUGGAGUCUAUGCAAGUUAUGGCCCUAUGGCUCUGGUUGGAGCGGCUGGGCUAUGACAGUGUUGUGAAGAAGAUGUUAUCCCUGCCUCAAAUUUUGGUUAAUGAACUUGCAGACGAGGCUAUAAUAUGCCUCAACUGCAUUCACAACAAUCUAAUAUCUUCCUCAUCUGAAAGCAAUGAUAUUCCUCUCACACAAACCUUGAUGGAGAAAGAGAUCUCUCUCCAAUUUUUCCUCGAAAAUCGGCUAAAUGGUAUUGCAGGCCUCACCAAAAUUAUGAAUGAUGUAUGUAUUAGAGCACUGUUGGACUUAAUGCAGCAAGCUAUUGAGAGAAAUGCAGGAAGACAUGGUGCAGGUGAUAUGGUGCAGCCUCGAACCCCUGGAGCUGAUGUGCCAGCAGAUGAUAGGACCAUGUUUGUUACAUUCUCCAAGGGCUACCCUGUCCAAGAAUGGGAAGUCAGAGAUUUCUUUGGUCGGUCAUAUGGGGAUUGUGUAGAGUCUUUGCACAUGCAAGAAGUGCAACCCCAUCAGCAAGCACUAUUUGCUCGCAUCAUUUUUCACAAGGCUACUACCAUGGAGAUGAUACUCAGAGGCAUGGGGAAGGUAAAGUUUUCCAUUAAUGGGAAGCAUGUAUGGGCUCGAAAGUUUGUGCCAAAACGUGCGAGAUCCUCGUUGCUGCUGCCACCGCCAUCACAUUUUCCUUCCACCUCACUUAGGCCAUGA